AUGGCUGCACCUCAGAAAGGAGAUCUGUCAGCAUCUGAGAGGAAGAUCUUCCAAGUAAUCACUGCAGGUGAUGUACAGGAGGCUGCCCAGCUGCUUGUCAGCAAAAAAGUAGGAGUUAACUGUUUGGAUGAGUAUGGCAUGACUCCACUGAUGCAUGCAGCCUAUAAAGGCAAAGCAGAUAUGUGUUGUUUGCUGCUGCAGCAUGGUGCUGAUGUGAACUGCAAUCAACAUGAAUAUGGAUACACUCCUCUCAUGUUUGCUGGCCUGUCAGGGAAGACAGAUAUUACCUCCAUGAUGCUGGAUGCAGGAGCAGAGACAGACCUAGUGAAUUCUGUAGGUCGCACUGCUGCUCAGAUGUCCGCAUUUGUAGGCCAGCAUGACUGUGUGACAGUGAUCAACAACUUCUUCUCUCGGUCAAGGCUAGAGUACUACACCAGACCAAAGGGGCUGGAAAGGGAGCCCAAGUUGCCCCCAAGGCUGGCAGGGCCCCUGCACAAGAUCAUCAUGACCACCAACCUCAACCCAGUCAAGAUAGUCAUGCUGGUGAAGGAGAACCCUGUGCUGGUGGAUGUGGAAGCUCUUGAGAAGUGUUACCAGGUAAUGGACCUGCUGUGUGAGCAGUGUGUGAAGCAGCAAGAUAUGAAUGAGGUCUUGGCGAUGAAGAUGCACUACAUCAGCUGUGUGCUGCAGAAAUGCUUGGCAUUUCUACAGAAACAGGAUGACAAGCUAGAUGCACUUGUCAAGAGUCUGUUGAAGGGAAGAGACAGUGAUGGCUUCCCACAUUACCAGGAGAAAUUCAUUCGGGACUGCAUCAGGAGGUUUCCGUAUUGUGAGGCCACACUCCUUCAGCAGCUGGUGAGGAGCAUUACAGCAGUAGAGAUUGGCAAUGAACCUACAGCAUUUUCAGUGCUGACUCAGGCCCUGACAGGUCAGAUGGCAUUUGUGGAUGCUGACUAUUGUGCUACAUGUGGGGAGAGGCAAGCAGACAAGAGGUGCUCCCUUUGUAAAGCAGUGAUGUACUGCAGUUUGACCUGCCAAAAGCUUCACUGGUUCACCCAUAAAAAGAUGUGCAGAUCUCUACAAGAGCAGAAUGUUGACCUGGAUAAGGAUACCCCAAGGUUGAAAGAACUAAAAGAUGAUGAAAGCAACCUGGUGAUGGAGACCACCAACUUCCUGCAGGAGCUGUGUCUGCGAGCAGAGGAGAAAGUUGCUGCUGCUGGAUGCUGUCCUGCAGAGCUGCUUGCGUGGACCUCUACCUCUGCUGAUGGGCCAUCCAGCACCUAAGACUGAGGCAGGAAAACCAAACUACUUCAUCGAUUAAUCUUUUUUUUUAGGAUUUUCACAAAAGUAUGGGGAACCAUGGCUGAUCAGAAACCAUGUCAGCAGGGUACAUCCUCCUUGUAUAUUUUUACAUUGUUUUAGAUCAGCCAUGAUACAAACCUGCUUGUAGUAACUUUACACAAUGGCAGCUGCUAAAGAUAGAGUGUUAGUAUUCAUUCGUAAUAGUAUUUACUUAUCAAAUUAAAAAUAACAGGAUAAAUUGUUGCCAGCAAAUUUUGGGUAAACUAUCCCUUUAAGGAGACCAUCUGGAUGUCUAUAAACUUGACCUACAAAAUGUUUACAUUGUGGCAUCUCAAAAAGGUCAAUUGACCUCCUUUUUCUCCUAUGUUUCACUGUGUACAUUUUUAAGAUUAUAUUUGUAAUGUUAAAUUAUGCGUAUUGCACUGAGAAAACAAAAUAGGUCAACAAACAGAGGAAGAGACAAAUCCUUAAUUUCUAGCCCAGUGAGGAUGUUGGAGAGCUAGUUGUGCAGUGCUAUUGUAGGGUAAAAUCCUCGAUCUCUUGCCCAUAAUUAAUUUUUAUUGUCACUCUCUAACAAAGACAUAAAGAAAUAAUGAAAAACAGUGGCAGGAAUCUUGUUCAUACACCCAAUCCUUACUCAGAGACCAAUCCGUUGCUGAUUCCAUUGCAAAAGAUGAACAAUGAUAUUGGUUGAUUCAGCAAAAUAUCAAAUUACAUCCAGCAACAUUUCAAUUCUGACUUUCAAUAUAUCUGAGCAUUAUGAUAAAUAAAGGCAAAUGUUAAUUUCAGAUCUGUGACAACAUUAAACUCUUUUCUUUAUUUGCAUAAAUCACAAAUCAUUAUUCCCCCCUCCAAUAAACUCAACCUGCCCUCUCAGUUUUGUGCCUCACCAAAUAAAUAAAUAUUUUGGCUGCAAGUAAUUUGUGAGGAUCAGAAUCAUCAAUGUGGAAAUAAUUGUGUGCAUCCUCUGGGGGGAAUCAAGUGGGUCGUUGAAUUUAAUGGAACUUGCAUUUCUUUCUUAAAUUGCCUUGGUGUUAGCACUUUCUCUAAUGGAGAGAAGAACAUUUUUGCAGUGUGAACAGGCAUAUUGCCAAAUGGUCCAUGUUCAGUUAGACCACACAAAUACUAGGAUGGCCUAGUCUAGUCAAGGGGCACAAUGGCACCAGGUUAUCAGGGAUCGCAAAUUUACAGUUUUGCAUAAAGCAAAUUCUCUACCCUUCAUUUCAGGGCCAAUAACAGGUGGUGGUUUCUUAUCUGUUGAUUGUAAAAUAAUUUGGGCAAAGAAUUUCAUUGGUCUUAAUUAAGAUCAAGCUAGGUUUGUGAUGGUCUUAGUGUAAUAACAUGAUAGGCACUCCAUGACCUGUAUUCAAAUAAAAGUUUAUUUUGUACUGUCUUUAUUAACAACAAU